AUGGGAAGAAGUAGUAUACUCUUCAUGCGGCAGAAAAGCGAAAGUUCGCGUUUCGGCCGCACCAUUGGGUCGCUGGUCUUGUCUGCAAAAGCUAUGUUCAGGCCAGUGACUCACUCGAGGAAAUGGCGCCGGGGAUGGUUGAAAGUGAGAGCUUGCUAUGGCUACGAUGAUUACGAUCCCGUGAUUCAGCUGAACCCGGAGAGGAUUGAAGCACACAGUUUCGGAGAUUUUGAUCCAAGCACUCGGAGUAGUGAAGGGACGCUCUGGAAAAAGAACAUCAUAAUGGGAGGAAAGUGUCAACUCCCGGAUUUCUCCGGUGUCAUUAUCUAUGAUACUCAGGGAAAUGUCGUCCCUCCGGCAAAAACUCUCCCGGCUCUUACCUGGAAAUGA